AUGGCUGAAGUAAAGUUUGUGCCAUUCAAGUUGUUCAUUGACCCUGCCUUUUGGUCUGAAAUAAAUCGAAGAAGACUGGACGAAUGGCAAUUGGAAUGUCCGGAGCUUCCGAUAAAGGCUGGAUUCGAUUUCAGUAGGUAAUUCUUGAAGUAAAGAAUUGUUGUAGCGUCCAAGAAAGGUAGCAGUUGCCCACUGUCAAUCUCAUUUGAUGCUUUGAAUGGCCGAAAAGAUGUGGACACUUUGGCGAUUGGAAAGUUCAAGUUGUUCGGCACUUUGAAAGACUUUCAGAAUCUCGACAGGAAAGCUCUGAGUUCGGAAUUGAGAGAUAAAGUAAGCCGACUGCUUCUGUAUAAUUUCUACUUUUUUAGUUAUGGGAUAAUGUCAGGAAUUUCAAAACCUCUGAACUCUCACCGUUCUAUGUUGCUGCUUUUGCCGUAAGUUGUAAUCGGAGAGAUUGAUUUUGUUGUCUAGGAUCUGAAGCAGUAUUUGUAUUAUUAUAUCCUCUGUGCUCCUGCGUUGGCUUUCCCAGCAGCACUGAAGAGGUCAUCUACAACUGAGAGUCCCGAAGCCCACGUCCACGCUAAGGCUUGGCAAUAUUUCAAAGAUACUGCACAAACCGCGUCUUUGCUACUUGAGAAUUCUUCUUCGAUUAUUCCGUUAGAGAAGUUAAAGGAAGUCAAUGGCCCGGUUACUGUAGUAUUUCUGAAUCCGACUUCUGUCCCGGAACAUCUCGGUUGGACAGCGAGAAACUUGUUGGCAUUGAUUGCGUAUUCAAGGUUAGAAAACCCGAUUCUAUUAUGACAUUACAUUUUUUAGACCCGAUUGGACAAAUAUCAAGCUAUUAGCGCUAAGGAAUACGGUAGAAUCGUCGUUCUUGGUCGAUAUAAGUUGGUCUAAGCCUGACUUAAAAACUGCUCCAGAAACCGUUGGGUGGCAAAAACCGGAGCUUAUAUCACUGAAGAAUGUCUUUGAUCCUGUUAAGUAUGUUUUUAACCAAAUAAUUCUUUUAUUGUAGGCUGAUGGAGAGUGCCGUUGACAUGAAUCUUAAACUGGUACGUUGGCGGUUAGUUCCUGAACUCAAGUUGAGUAAUCUAACCGAUCUUAAAGUCCUCAUAGUGGGAAGUGGAACACUCGGGUGUAAUUUAGCUAGAAACUUCCUCGGGUGGGGAGUAAAACACUUCACAUUCAUCGAUAACUCGGUUGUUUCGUUUAAUAAUCCAGUCAGGUAAGGCAAUUUUCAAUUUUCAUUUGUUGUUUAGACAAUCUCUAUUCACUUUCGAAGAUGCCAAACAAGGAAACAAAUCAAAAUCACUAACUGCCGCCGAGUCGUUAAAGAAGAUUUAUCCGAGUGUUUAUGCCGAAGGAUUGGAGAUGAAGAUUCCAAUGCCUUCGCAUCCCAUUUCUGAAAAAGGUCGGCUCAUAUACAAAUCUGAAUGACGAACAUAUUUUUUAGAACGAGAGGGAGUCAAGAAAACAGUUAGUGAGCUAUGCUCACUGAUCAGAGAACAUGACGUGGUAUUCUUGGUAAUGGAUAGUCGGGAGUCGAGAUGGCUACCAACACUCCUCUGCACUCAUUUUGGAAAAGUACGAAUAUAACGACAAGUUGACUGAUUCGAUUUUAUUUUGGAAUUAAUAUUUUUUGUUUAGCUUGCGGUUACGGUAGCCUUAGGGUUUGACUCGUUUAUGGUGAUGAGACAUGGAGUGCGUACUGCGAAACAUACCAAAAUAACCGAGGAGUCCGAAGUCCCGGGCUCCGAAUUGGGAUGCUACUUUUGCAGUGACGUCACUGCUCCAGGAAACUCGAUGGAAGAUCGAACUCUCGAUCAGAAUUGCACCAUAACGAGAGCUGGGAUCUCGGGAAUUGCUUCCGGAAUGGCCGUGGAACUGGUCGCUUCUCUAACCCAGCAUGACCUCGGAGCAGGAGCUCCAGCUCUGAAGAUGUCAGUAGAUCACAACUCAACUGUCCUCGGAGGUACCCCUCAUCAGAUCCGCGGGUUUAUGUCCACAUUCCACUUCAUGACGCCCACUGUUCGCCGUUUCGACCGGUGCACUGCCUGUGGCGACAACAUCCAGAACGAGUUUGCAGCCAACGGGUUUGACUUCCUGGAGAAGGUAUUCAAUGACAGUUCCCAUCUUGAGAACAUUUCCGGCCUGAGAGAACUUCAGGAAUCGGUGGAUAAGGUCUCCAUUGAUGACAUUGACCUUUCUUGUACAGACUCUGAAUAA